CACUCAUAUUGUCUGAAAAUCCAUUCAUCAGAGUCGGCAGAAGAAGAAGAGGCCGAGCAAAAACAGACAGAUGCGUUAGCUUUCAUUAUUGAACAAACAUCACUGGCUUCAAUAUUUUACCGAAUUCACAGCCAUGGAGUUGUCUGAAAUACUGUACAACAAAGCGGAGUACAUUGAGACGGCUUCUGGCAACAAAGUGAGCAGACAGUCAGUGCUGUGUGGGAGUCAAAACAUCGUCCUCAAUGGCAAAACUAUUGUCAUGAAUGACUGCAUCAUCAGAGGGGACCUGGCUAAUGUCAGGGUGGGGAGACACUGUGUUGUCAAGAGUCGGAGCGUCAUACGACCACCUUUCAAAAAGUUCAGCAAAGGAGUGGCGUUCUUCCCGCUGCACAUCGGAGACCACGUCUUCAUCGAGGAGGACUGCGUGGUCAACGCUGCACAGAUUGGUUCCUACGUCCACAUUGGCAAGAACUGUGUCAUAGGUCGCCGCUGUGUGCUGAAGGACUGCUGCAAGAUUUUAGACAACACCGUGCUUCCUCCCGAGACAGUGGUGCCUCCUUUUACCGUCUUCUCCGGAUGCCCAGGUCUAUUUUCAGGAGAGCUCCCGGAGUGCACGCAGGACCUGAUGAUUGACGUGACCAAGAGCUACUACCAGAAGUUUCUGCCCCUUAGCCAGAUCUGAGUUCCGCCUCUAAACCUUCAGCGGAGCCCACCCACUUUCCACCUUCUGGGUCGGGGUCACUCAUUGGACUGAAAUGGACUCUGAGAGCUCACCUUCUAUCCUUCAACUCCCAGAGGCCCUGAGUUUCUCUCUGCCAAAGGAAAAAACAUUUUGGUCCUGUUAUAUGAUUUAGUUGUUUCAGUAUGUGGAAAGCACAUAAUGAAUAAAAUGUAAUACAGCUGUG